AUGGCAGGUAGGGUUGCUCAUCCCACCCUGAAAGGACCAAGCGUGAUCAGGGAGAUAUGUUUUGGUAUUGUGAUUGCUUUUGCUGCUGGGGGCUUUUGGAAAAUGUAUCACUGGGAUUUGCAGAAGAAGACCAGGUCACUUUAUGAAUUGCUGGAGAAAGAUGAAGUCAGUGUUGUUCCAGAUGAAUAG